CCUUUUCUGGUUGUCUCCAUGAAUGACUACAUCUCCGAUCUGAUCGUUUGAGAACGAGAUCAGAAUAGUUGUCACGAGGUAAAAGUCGUUCCGUGUCCAAUCAUCUCUUAUCAGUUCCUCUGUCCAAUAGCAUUUCAAGUCUUCCUCGAAGCGAUAAAGAGAGAGAGAGAGAGAGAGAGAGAGCGAGCGAGCGAGCGAGCUCAAUCGUUAGUUCAUCAUACUUCGAUCCAUGAGCAGCUGGGUGAUUUCCAGGUAGAACGUCCGCCGCAGGCGAUACAGAGAUGGGGUAUCAUAAGAUCUUGGCGAAGAAACUGGGGCAGAUGGAGGCGAGGAAGCUCGGGUUGCCUUUGCUUCUAGGAUUCUGCGUCGGAGUAUUGACCUGUGUCGUCGUCAUGUCAGUAUCCACAAUCGAACAGCAGUUAUCCCUGUUCUACGGAGUUUGGGUUCAUCCUGCAGAAGAAAUUAGUCGUGAUCCACAGAUAUCAGGAAUUAGCCCAAACAGUAGCGUGGUCGUCAGAACCAAGCAGAACUCGCCAUCAACCAUGUUAAACAAUGCUGCUUCUACGGGACUGAUUCAGCAGAACACUCUGCGGUUGGAGCAUGGAAAAGGGGCGGAGAGAGAUCGAGGAAAAGAUGCCGACGAGAGGGUCCAACGCCACAGUUCAUCCACCACGAAGUUGUCAAGUCCAAAAGUAGAAAUAAUUGAAUCUAAACCGCCAGAUGGAACGAUGAAGGGUAUGAAAGCCCGAGAGAAGCCAGUCUGCGAUCUCUCGAAUUAUAGAACCGACGUCUGCGAAAUGGACGGCGACGUUCGAGUUCAUGGGAAAUCUUCCUCUGUAGUUCUCGUGACCGAUCACCAAUCCCAGGAUCCCGGCGUCCAGUCAUCGUGGCGGAUCAAGCCUUACGCUCGCAAGUUUGACAAGGCUGCGAUGGAGCACAUCGGCGAGGUUUCAGUGAGAUCGUCGACUAGCCUCGGCGACGUCCCUCGCUGCACCGUCAAUCACAGCGUCCCCGCCAUCGUCUUCGCCAUCGGCGGCUACUCCGGGAACUACUACCAUGACUUCACCGACGUGCUGAUUCCUCUGUUCAUAACGUCGCGACAGUUCGACGGAGAAGUGCAGUUCCUCAUCGCGACGCAAAAGUUCUGGUGGAUCGGCAAGUACAAACCGGUCCUGAGGCAGCUGUCGCGCCACGAGAUCAUCUUCUUGGACGACGACGAUCAGGUCCGUUGCUUCCGGCACGUGGUGGUCGGUCUGCACAGCCACAAGCCCAUGUCCAUCGACCCCGCGAGAGCUCCCAACGGGUACUCCAUGGUGGACUUCACCAAGCUCAUGAGGUCCGCCUACUCGCUGGAGAGGGACUCCCCGAUCGGGCUGGGGGAGAGCCCGACCGCGAAGCCGAGGCUGCUGCUGAUAUCGAGGAACGGGACACGGAGAUUCGUCAACUUCGAGGAGAUCGUGCGGGCGGCCGAGAAGCUGGACUACGAGGUGGUGGUGGCGGAGGCAGGAACGCGGACUAAUGUGGCCAGCUUCACCAGGGUGGUGAACUCCUGCGACGUGAUGGUGGGCGUGCACGGCGCCGGGCUCACCAACUUCGUCUUCCUGCCCACCAACGCCGUCAUCAUCCAGAUCGUCCCCUUCGGCAACCUGCAGAACAUCUCGCGGUCCUGCUUCAAGGACUCCUCCGAGGAUGCGCAGCUGCACUACCUGGAAUACUGCAUCGGCGUGGAGGAGAGCAGUCUGACAGAGCAGUACCCGAGAGACCACCCGGUGUUCAGAGACCCCAAGUCCAUCCACAGGCUGGGAUGGAAGAAGAUGGCGGACGUGUACUUGGAUCACCAGGAUGUGAAGCUGGACAUGGAGAGGUUUAAGCCACUUCUGCUUAAAGCUCGACAUCUCCUCCAUCAUCGGCAUCAUCAUCAUCACCAGCGGCAGUAGCAUGGCAGAGGCAUUGUUGGAUUUCUUUUCCGUCACUCUUUUGGAUUAAAUUAUACUGAUAAAAUGAUAAAUUAUAUUACGAUGAA